UGAUUUUCAGUGCCGGAUGGAAAUUUACACACACAAAUGGCGGAGUACGAUUUGAAAAGAUACAAUAGUUACACAUCUCCGGAAAUGAUAGAACCGGAAUAUAGAAGGAAAGAGUCUGGAUGUUUUGUUCGGGUGACUACGGGGUUUAUUCUCUUACUACUUGGUUUGAUUCUGGUGGCUGGUGUAGCAGCAAUUGUUUAUUUCGUGCAGAAGGACAAUUUAAGCAAUGACAAUAAUGAUGUUUCUGAAGUCACUUCUCCUGAAAAACUCAAAAGUGAUUGUGAAGCCCUCGCAGAGGCGGGAAAGCUGGACCAAGACAAAGUUUGUGUUGCAUGUCCAACGAAGUCUCCAGCUACGUGCCCACAAUGGACGCCUUCAAGCACAUCAUCAACUGCGUCAUCGACACAAAUUGCGUCAUCAACACCCACAUCACCAACACCAACCACGAACUUCCGCUUACCAGACUCCUUAAUUCCUUUAGAAUAUGAUCUAGCUAUCAAACCGAACAUGUUCUCCGGAAGUCCGGAUUCAUUUGAUUUUGAAGGCACUGUAAAGAUAAAAAUGGAGGUUCGAAAAGCCACCCAUGAAGUCAUAAUGCAUGCUCAUAACUUGACCAUAAGUGACGUUAAGUUUGGUGCUAUCACAGAUUCCAAGACGUCACUUUCAAAUCCGGAUUUCGAUCUGAAAAGGCAGUUUGUGAUAUUUAGAUUAAAUGAAGUUCUUGAUACGAGCAAAAUUUACGAGAUAGAAAUGAAUUUUCGUGGACCAUUGCGAAAUGACAUGAAAGGAUUUUAUCUAAGUUCAUAUGAUGAUGGGGGACACACCAGAUACCUAGCAACAACUCAGUUCCAGCCCACUGAUGCCAGGAAAGCUUUUCCGUGCUUUGAUGAGCCAGGAUUAAAAGCCAACUUCACCAUAAAAAUAACUCGUCCUGUGGGAUGGACUUCUCUGUCGAAUUUGAAUAUACGUACAACGUUAAAUGUUGGCAGUACUAAUUGGCAACAAGAUGUUUACAACACAUCUCCCAAGAUGUCCACGUACCUUGUGGCAUUUGUUGUGUCUAAGUUCCAGUCCAAGCGUGGAACAUUUACUAAUGGCAAAACAUAUAAUGCUUGGGCCCAGCCUUCGGCCAUCAAUCAAACAGAGGAAGCUUUAUAUGUGGGAACAAGAGUUAUCCAGGAAUACGAAAAGUUCUUUGACAUUGAAUUUCCUCUUCCUAAACAGGAAAUGAUUGCUGUUCCUGACUACCCUCUUGGUGCCAUGGAGAACUGGGGUUUGAUAACAUACCGAGAGUCCUCCAUGUUAUUUGAUCCGGAGGUCUCCUCAGAAACUAACAAAGAGAGAGUCACAAAAACCAUCACCCAUGAACUCUCUCAUCAGUGGUUUGGUAACUUGGUUACCAUGCAAUGGUGGGAUGACCUCUGGCUCAAUGAAGGCUUUGCUACAUUCAUUGAAUACUUGGGAGCAGACUUUGUACGUCCUGAAUGGAAGAUACUGGAGUUGUUCACAGUGUCAGACCUGUUCAGGGCCUUUGAGAAGGAUGGUUUGACAACCUCCCACCCAAUCUAUGUACCUGUGGAAAAUCCCGACCAGAUCAAUGAAAUCUUUGAUGAUAUCAGCUACCAAAAGGGAGGUUCAGUUAUUAGAAUGCUCCGAUUCUUUAUGGGUGAAAAGACAUUUCUGAAAGGACUUCAGGAUUAUCUAAAACAGAAGAAGUAUAGCAGUGCUUUCCAUGAUGACCUUUUCAAUGCUUUAGAUACGAGAGCUCAAACCGAGGGGAAGACAUUUCCUGCCACUAUCAAGGAUAUCUUGGACACCUGGAUCUCGCAGAUGAAUUACCCUGUUGUCAAGGUUACCAAGAGUUCAAGUGGAGUCGUCCAUGUGGAACAGAAGCGAUUCCUUGUCAACGACCCUUCCACUGACCCUGGGCAGUUUGUUUCCAAGUUCAACUACAUAUGGAAAAUUCCAUUCACCUUCAAAACUAGCCAGGAUUCAAGUCUCAGUGUGACAGAUGCAGAUGUUAAGUGGAUCAUGGGAGCAACCAGGGACAUUCUUGGUAGCUCCUAUCCAGCAGAGGAGGGGGCCUGGAUUCUGGGUAACGUCGAGCAGUACGGUUUCUACAGAGUAAACUAUGAUGAAACAAACUGGAUGGCCCUUAUGAAACAACUUAAACAAGAGCACCAGAGAAUUCCUCUUUUGAAUCGAGCCCAAAUAAUUAACGACGUCUGGAACCUGUUAAAGGCAGGGGAAGUAUCUGUGAAUGUGGCCCUGGAGAGUCUUGAGUAUCUGGACACCGAGGCAGAUUAUGUCCCCUGGAGGGCUGCCAUGAGUGAACUAGGGUAUCUGUCAGACAUGCUCGGGGAUACUGAGGCUUUCGGGGAUUUCCAGACAUUUAUGCAACAGAAAUUGAACAAUCUCUUCAAGAAGCUAACAUUGGAUGACUCCAACUCGACACACAUUGAAACGUUGCUGCGUUCCAUGGUAGGGAGUGCUGCCUGUGGGUAUGGAGUGUCUUCCUGUGUGUCACAAGCCAAUAAUCUAUACCAGGCCUGGAUGGAAGAUCCUCAGAAAAACAAGAUAGAUCCAGACAUUAAGACCGUUGUAUACUGCACUGGUAUCAAGGAAGGAGGUCAGAAAGAAUGGGAGUUUGCUUAUUCUCAGUACAAGACGACCACAGUAGCCUCAGAGAAAUCUCUCCUUCUGUCAGCUCUAUCCUGCUCCUCUAAAACAUGGAUCCUCAAUCAUUAUCUGAAGCUGAGCAUGGAUCCACAAGAGAUUCGCAGUCAGGAUGUGACCAGCGUCAUCAUAUAUGUAUCGAGGAAUUCGGUUGGUCGAUAUCUUGCAUGGGAAUUUAUGCAGGAAAACUGGGAUAUUCUGAGAGAGAAAUUUGGAAGUAGCUUUUUCAAAUUUCCCACAUUGAUCAAGGGAAUCACAGAAUCUUUUAACUCAAUGCACCAACUAAAACAGCUUGAAGACUUUGUAAAAACUCACCCCGACCUUGGAACUGGUGAUAGAGCCUUCAGUGAGGCCAUUGAAAACACGAAAGCCAACAAAGCAUGGAUGGAGAGGAAUUACGAUACCAUCAAAAAGUGGCUGGAACAGGUGACCUCCUCCUCGGGCGAAAAAACACUCACAGACGUCCGCUUACCUCGAUCCAACAUCCCCACCCUGUACGAGAUUGAAUUAACUCCGGAUAUAUACUCCGCUGAUCCCACUAAAUUCAAGUUCAGAGGUCACAUCAAAAUCAGCAUUGACUGCAUGCACCCCACUAGCAAUAUCACUAUGCACAAGAACAAACUGACCGUUUCUAACAUUGCGGUGACCAAUCAGAAUCCUAAUUUAGUUUCUCCGAGGUUCAUCAGACAGGCGGAGGACAAGGAUCGGUAUUUUCUGAUCAUUCACUUGGACGGAGCGCUACAGAAAGGACAGAAGUACUUUGUGGAAAUGGAUUUUGUUGGAGAUCUGACCGAUGAUCUUAAGGGGCUCUAUCUCAGUUCCUAUAAACGCGGAGAUGAUACAGUAUAUAUGGCGACUACACAGAUGGAACCCACUGACGCAAGAAAAUCUUUCCCUUGUUUUGAUGAACCAGAUAUGAAAGCUCGGUUCAAACUGACUCUGGUGCGAAAACCAGACAAAAUCUCGCUGUCAAACAUGCCAAUUAUACAGCAAGUUAACAGACCUAAUGGUUAUGUGGCUGAUAUAUAUCAGGUGUCAGAAAAAAUGUCCACAUACCUCGUUUGUAUCAUCAUCUGUGACUUCAUCCCCAGAAGAGGACAAACGAAGAAUAACAUUACUUACUCUGCAUGGUCAACAAAGGAGGCUUACAAUCAGACAGAGCUAGCAUUAGAUGUAGGCAUGUCAACCAUCACAUACUACGAGGAGUUCUUUGGCAUUCCCUUUCCUCUCCCAAAACAAGAUAUGAUUGCUAUCCCAGACUUCUCUGCUGGAGCCAUGGAGAACUGGGGCUUAAUUACGUACAGAGAGACUGCCAUGUUGUAUCAGCCUGGAGUGUCCUCCGAAACUAACAAACAGAGAGUGGUUACAGUGAUAACCCAUGAACUGGGUCACCAGUGGUUUGGAGACCUUGUUACUAUGUCAUGGUGGGAUGAUCUCUGGCUCAAUGAAGGAUUUGCCACCUUUGUGGAAUACCUCGGAGCUGAUCAUAAAUAUCCAGAGUGGAAAAUGUUUGAGCAGUUUACAGUGUCAGAGGUUCAGGCAGCUUUUAGUUUUGAUGGCCUGGUCUCCUCCCACCCGAUCUACGCCCCGGUCUACAACCCAGCCCAAAUCAAUGAGAUAUUUGACACAAUUUCUUAUUCCAAGGGUGGUUCCAUAAUUAGGAUGAUGCAGUGGUUCCUUGGAGAGGAAACAUUCAAGAAGGGCCUGACACUGUACCUUAAUAAAAAGAAGUAUGGAAAUGCUGCCCAUAAUGAUCUAUGGAAUGCCAUGUCAGAGCAAGCCCAGCUGGAAGGAAGAGCCACCAAUGUCAAAAAGAUCAUGGACACUUGGACUUUACAGAUGAAUUAUCCUGUUGUCAUGGUAACUGUUGUCAAUGGCAAGGUCAAAGUUCAGCAGAAGCGUUUUCUUCAAAAUCCGACCGCCAAGGAUCCCCGGAAAUACACUUCUCCAUUUGGGUACCUGUGGGAAGUUCCUUUUACCUACACAACAAAGUCCCAGGCAAACUUCAACCAGAACUGGAGGAAUGCUUCCUGGUUUAAUACACCAAUGCGAGAGUUUUCAGCACAGACUGCUAUAAAUAGUAACGAUUGGAUUUUGGGUAAUGUUCAGCAGUAUGGCUACUAUAGAGUUAACUACGACAGAGAAAACUGGCUCAGGCUCGUACAACAGCUCAAGACGGAUCAUCAGAGCAUUCAUGUGAUUAACAGAGGACAGUUAAUAAAUGAUGUCUGGGCACUUGCAAAAUCUGGAGACACAGACAUGGAUAUUGCUCUGAAGAUGGUGGAGUAUCUGGGUUCUGAGAUGGAUUAUGUCCCCUGGUAUGCAGCACGUAAAGAGUUGUCUUAUGUACAGAAGAUGUUGACCAGGAGUAAUCUGUACGGGAAAUUCAAGAGCUUCAUGCAGAAACUAAUAAAAUCUCCUUACGAUAAACUUGGAAUGGACAACUCGGGAUCUGGGCAUCUUGAAAUUUACACAAGGUCACUAUUGGUGAAGGAGGCCUGUUCGUAUGGGAUAGACAGCUGUAAAUCAGGUUCUCUUAGAAUGUUCCAACAGUGGAUGGAUGACCCCAUUAACAAGAGAGUGGAUCCUGACCUGAAGUCCACAGUUUACUGCACAGCGAUCGAGGAGGGGGGAGAGGCAGAAUGGAACUUUGCCUACCAGCAGUAUCAGGACACUAACGUAGCAGCUGAGAGACGGACGCUAAUGGGAGCACUGGCAUGUACAAAACAGACCUGGAUACUUAGCAAGUAUUUGAGUAUGUCUUUGAAUUCCUCAGAAGUGCGCAGACAGGAUGGAAUAUACGUUAUCAUUUACGUGUCACAGAAUACGAUAGGUCGGGACCUAGCAUGGAACUUUGUCAAGGCUAAUUUUGAUCAGCUGUUAAGGAUGUAUGGAGAGUCCUCUUUUGCUCUAAAAAAUCUUCUAAAUGGAAUAUUGGAAACUUUCAACACGGAACAAGACCUGCAGCAACUGAGGGAUUUCAAGCUUAAGUAUCCAGAUAUGGGAUCAGGGACUAGGGCCUUUGAACAGAUCAUGGAGAAAACCACUGCCAACAUAGACUGGAUGUCAAAAUAUUACCAUGUCAUAGAGAAAUGGCUAGAUGAGUCUGCUGUGUCAGGGGACACAACUCUCACAGAUGUCAGGCUACCUCGAUCAGUCCUCCCAGAGUUAUACACCUUGGAGCUCUUUCCAGAUAUAUACCAGCCGAGUCCCGAGAAUUUCACCUUCUCUGGUACGGUCAGUAUUGACGUCCGUGUUGUUGAAAACACCAACAAUAUCACACUGCAUAUCAACAAACUAACGAUAACUGAAAACAGUGUGAUAGUAAUGAGCAAGCCCAAUGGUGGUACGGUCAAAGUGAGUGGAUUGAAAGAGGAUAAGAAACGACAGUUCCUGAUCAUCUUCCUGGGUCAGUCUCUGCAGAGGGGGACUAAAUAUACAGUGUCCAUGAGCUUCCAGGGUCCCCUUACUGAUGAUCUAGCGGGGCUGUACUACAGUACUUAUAAAAGAGGGGGCAGUGAUGUGUACAUGGCCACAACUCAGAUGGAACCUGUUGACGCAAGAAAAUCCUUCCCUUGUUUUGACGAACCUGACAUGAAGGCAAAGUUCAAGGUCACACUUGUAAGAAAGCACGAUAAGAUUUCUCUGUCUAAUAUGAGGAUACAAAGAACGGAAAAUAGACCCAAUGGUUUGGUGGCAGACUUUUAUGAAGAAUCAGUCCCAAUGUCUACCUAUCUAGCCUGUUUUAUUGUGUGCGACUUUAAAAACAUCUCCAAGUCAACACCCAGUGGAAUUUUGUAUGGAGCCUGGUCCCGACCUGAAGCUAUCCAUCAAGCCGAGUUUGCUUUAGAUGUUGGGGUGGAUACCAUUACAUUCUAUGAAGAGUACUUUAACAUUUCCUUCCCACUGAAAAAACAAGACAUGAUCGCUAUUCCUGACUUCGCCGCUGGAGCCAUGGAGAAUUGGGGGUUGAUUACAUACAGAGAGACAGCCAUGUUGUAUGACCCAGUCAUGUCCUCCGAGAGUAACAAACAAAGGGUCACCGUGGUUAUCACCCACGAACUCGGACAUCAGUGGUUUGGAGAUUUAGUCACUAUGGGAUGGUGGGAUGAUCUCUGGCUCAAUGAAGGAUUUGCCACCUUUGUGGAAUACCUUGGAGCGGACCAUAAAUUCCCAGAAUGGAAAAUGUUUGAUCAGUUUGUGACAGAAGAUCUCCAGGUGGCCUUUGACUAUGAUGGUCUGGUAACGUCACACCCGAUCUAUGUACCCGUCGCCAAUCCCGAUCAGAUUAAUGAAAUAUUUGACAAAAUUUCCUACUCUAAGGGUGGCAGUGUGAUUCGUAUGAUGAGGUUUUUCUUAGGAGAGGAGACAUUCAGAGCAGGAUUAACGGAUUAUCUAAAUAGCAGAAAAUAUGGCAACUCUUUCCAUGAUGAUCUGUGGAACUCCAUGACAAAGCUGGCAAAUCAAAAUGGUCACCAACUUGAUGUGAAGGCUAUCAUGGAUACCUGGACACUACAGAUGAACUACCCAGUGGUCAAACUGUCCAGACAAGACAAUGGCCACCUCCUUGUGACUCAGAAACGCUUCCUUGCAAACCCCAUGGCAAAAGAUCCCCUGAAAUACAAAUCAAAAUUUGGAUACAAAUGGAUGAUUCCUUUCACAUACACUACGGAGGCUGAUAAGAAAUUUAAUCAAUCUUACAAUGACAUUGUUUGGGUCAAAGAUGCUACCAAAGAUAUUUCAACGAACAUCCCAGCAGCAGACUGGAUUCUGGGAAAUGUACAGGAGAUUGGAUAUUACAGGAUGAACUAUGACCUCGACAAUUGGAAUAAAUUGAUUGGUCAACUGAAGGCAGAUCAUGAGGUAAUUUAUACAACUAACCGAGCUCAACUGAUCAACGAUGCUUGGGCCCUUGCAAAGGCUGGAGAGCUGCCAAUGGAAAUAGCGCUUCAGACAAUUGAGUACCUGGGUGCUGAAAUGGAUUAUGUCCCCUGGACCGCAGCUGAAAAGGAGCUGUCAUAUGUCCGUAAAAUGUUGGUUCGCACCUCCCUGUAUGGGGAGUACAAGAAUUUCAUGGCAUCUCUAUUGAAGAAACCAUUUGGAAAACUUGGACUGGACAACUCUAAUUCAAACCAUCUAGAAAUCUAUACACGAUCAGAUGUGGCAGACUUGGCCUGUACCUAUGAUGUCCCCGGAUGUAGGGCACAGGUGAAGGGGAUCUUUGACAAGUGGAUGUCCAAUCCAACUGUAAACCUUGUGGAUCCAAAUCUGAAGACCAUGGUUUACUGUACGGGAGUGGCCGAGGGGGGAGAGACAGAGUGGGACUUUGUCCUUCAGCAGUACAAGGACUCCACACUAGCCUCCGAGAGCAGUCGUCUUCUGUAUGCCAUGGCCUGCUCAAAACAAACAUGGCUGCUGAGCAGGUAUCUGGACUAUGCUCUGGACACAAAUGUGGUACGCAAACAGGACGCCACCAACGUCAUUACGUACAUCUCACGGAAUACGAUCGGCAAAGACCUGGUGUGGAAUUUCGUGAGACAGAACUGGGACCGACUCAGGAAAGACUAUGGUGGGGGAUCCUUCUCCUUUGCCCGUCUUAUAUCAGGAGUCACAGAGUCAUUUAAUACUGACCUAGAACUGCAACAGCUCAAAGACUUCAUAAAGGAUAAGGACCUGGGGUCAGCCACCAGGGCAGGAGAGCAGGCCAUCGAAAAAGUUCAGGCAAAUGUAGAAUGGAUGAAAAAGAAUGUCCCUAUUAUACAGAAAUGGCUGGACAGGACGGCACCAACAAAACAGAUUAACAGGAAUGUCCGUCUCCCUCGCUCCGUGUUACCGGAAUUGUACACCCUGGAACUCUUCCCAGAUCUCUACCAACCAAAUCCCAAAAACUUCACUUUCUCUGGAAAUCUGACCAUCCUUGUGAAUGUCACAGAAAAAACAAAGAAUAUUACAUUACACAGUAGUAAGAUCACAAUUGAGGAGAAUUCCAUUGAGGUCAAGUCUAUAGGAGGGGGAGGUAACUUGUUCAGCUCGUUGACUCGCGAGGAGGAGCUCAUGUUCUCAAUCUUUAACUUGAAUACCGAGCUGAUACCUGGACGUCAAUAUGAGUUGAGCUUGAAGUUUACUGGUCCCCUCAAGGAUGAUUUGGCUGGUCUCUACUAUAGCACCUACACCAGCAAUAAUCAAACUAAGUUCUUGGCCACUACUCAGAUGGAACCUGUUGAUGCCAGGAAAUCGUUUCCUUGUUUUGACGAGCCAGAUAUGAAGGCCAUGUUCAAUGUCACUCUGGUGCGACGAAAGGAUUUUAUAUCCUUAUCCAACAUGGAGAUCAUAGAUUAUGAGGACAAGGGAAAUAACUUUGUGGCAGAUAUAUAUAAUGUUAGUCCCCGGAUGUCCACAUAUUUGUUGGCGUUUAUUGUUUGUCAGUUUGAGAAAACUACUACCACCACCAAAAAUGGAAUUAUAUACAGUGCCUGGUCUCUGCCCGAGGCCGUCAAUGAUACCAAGUUUGGUCUGGAAGUUGGAAACAAAACCAUCACUUAUUAUGAAGAGUACUUCGACAUCCCCUUCCCACUGAAAAAACAAGACAUGAUUGCUAUCCCAGACUUCUCUGCUGGGGCCAUGGAGAACUGGGGCUUAAUUACAUACAGAGAGACAGCCAUGUUGUUUAAACCAGGAGUGUCCUCAGAGGGAAAUAGACAGAGAGUAACCACUGUAAUCACUCAUGAACUCGCUCAUCAGUGGUUUGGUAACUUGGUUACUAUGAAGUGGUGGGAUGACCUCUGGCUCAAUGAAGGGUUCGCGACAUUUGUGGAGUACAUGGGAGCAGAUCAUCUCUUCCCAGAUUGGAAAAUGUGGGAUCAGUUUAUUCUUGGUGAGCUGUAUUCUACAUUCAGCAUUGAUGCCUUUGUAACAUCUCAUCCAAUUUAUGUGCCAAUAAAAACAGUAGAUGAAAUGAAUGCUGUGUUUGAUACAAUAUCUUACUCAAAGGGUGGAAGCAUCAUCCGAAUGAUGAGAUUUUUCUUGGGAGAGGAGAACUUCAGAAAGGGACUUCAUCUUUAUUUGGAAAGUAGGAAAUAUGGAAAUGCCUUCCAUGAUGACCUCUGGGAUGCCAUGGACAGUAUUGUACAGCAGAAAAAUUUACAAUAUCCAACAUCAAUUCGAGCAAUAAUGCACACCUGGAUAAAACAAAUGAACUAUCCUGUUGUCUCAGUAGCCGUUCCACGUGAUGGAGUUGUCAAGGCAACACAGAAUCGGUUCCUAAGAAACCCUGAUGCUAAAGAUCCACUUGUAUACAUUUCUCCUUUUGACUAUAAAUGGUGGGUGCCACUAACCUACACUACAAAGACAGAGAAGAACUUUAAUAAGAACAGCAAUGAUGUGAAGUGGUUCAAUACAACAAGUCGAGAAUUUAAUGAUGCUUCUGUGAAGACUUCUGAUUGGAUAAUAGCCAACACCGACCAGUACGGAGUCUACAGAGUCAAUUAUACUGAGGCAAACUGGAGAGGUCUCAUAGCCCAGCUCAAUCAGAACCACACUGUUAUAUCCACCAUCAAUCGUGCACAGAUAAUUAACGAUGCCUGGAGCUUUGCAAGAUCUAACCAGUUAGAUAUGAGUGUGGCUCUAGAGACGGUAGACUACCUGUCAAAGGAGAGGGACUACAUUCCACGCAAGGCGGGCGAGGGCCAGCUAGCCUACAUAGAUACCAUGCUGUCACUGACCAAGUACUACGGAGAUUUCUCGAAAAAGAUGCAGCAUUUAGUAAGAGACAUUUACAAUGAGAUUGGACUUAACAAUACAGGGGCCACACACUUAGAAUCGUAUAUGAGGUCCAGUGUGGCACUCACAGCCUGUUCUUACGACAUUCCUGAGUGUUUGACUGCUGCCAUACAACAGUACAAGCAUUGGAUGGACAAUCCAAAUAAUAAUCAAAUUGAUCCUGGUCUAAAAUACACAGUAUACUGUACAGCCAUUAAACAGGGCGGACAGAUGGAGUGGGACUUUGCUUACAGUCAGUACAAAACCUCCAAAGUAGCCUCCGAGAGAGGCAAGAUCCUAGCUGCCCUGUCUUGUACCAAGGUUCCAUGGCUUCUUCAAAGGUUUUUGGAAUAUGCAGUAACUGAUGGGGAAGUCAGAAAACAGGACGGUACAAGUGUCAUCUCUUCUGUAGGGGCUACAAUGAUCGGUCGACCCAUAGCAUGGAAUUUUAUCAGGUCACGCUGGAACUACAUCAUGAAUGAGUAUAGUGAAGGACAAUGGAAUGCAGGAGGAUUUAUUAAGAGUAUAUCUGGAGCAUUUAACACAGAAUAUCAGCUACAGCAGCUGAUAGAUUUUGGUAAGGCACAUCCUGAUCUUGGUCGUUCUGCCAGGGCCUAUGACCAGGCUGUAGAAGCUGUUCAAUCAAACGUUCAGUGGAUGAAGAAAAAUUUGAACAUUGUCAUUAAAUGGCUUGAGAAAAAAUAGAACCCACUGUGCUGAAUAAGUUACUGAUUUGAAGACUUUUAUUACAUUUAUAUUACCAUUAUUUUGUGUGAGUUCAAUAAUCAGAUAUUUUAAAGGACAGAUUACCCAGGUACAAGUUAGUGAAGUUGUCAUACACAGUAAAACACAGAUAUAGCGAACAUGCUUAUGAUGAAGUUAUGCUUACAGUGAAGUGAUUUUCAUUCCCCGUGGUUCUAGAACACAUCUUAACUUGACAAACAUAACCAGUUAUAUUUAUAACGAAUCAGAAUUGUUAGUCCCUGGCACUUUGCCAUAAGCGCGUGUUUUACUGUAGAAUUUAUUUUGUCCAUUGAGGCAGACUUUCACGUGUGAUUGCAGAAGUGCUAUUCAUGUCUAUGCUUGCUUGAAGUAAGAAUGAUGCUACAUGUACCCCAUUUAUUAAUUGUUUGCGUGAAAUGUAAUACCUAUUUCUAACCAUAUAUUUACUGACUUAGAAAUGGUAUGAAUUGUAUAAUAAACUUAAAAUAUU